UGGUUGGAGUAAGGUACUCAGUGCUUGGAAGGAAAUAGUGACACUAGUCUAAACUUGUGACAAUGCUGGUUGGAUUAGAGCCCCCAAUGCUAGGUUUGUGAAACAGUCUAGUCUAGCCUUGACCAUGAGUACGAAACUUCCGGUCAGUAAGUCUGAUAUGGAGGAGGAUCUAAACCAGAUGUGGAAUUUCUACUACCAGCUCAAGGCUGCCGUGUCGCCGAUCAUGCCGGCGGAUCGAACCAACAACAAAGUAUGUCCCAAGUUGGAGACAGACUCAUGCCCCUCUGGUCAUAUGUUAUCCCCUUGCCCAGAGGGGGACGGAAGCUUCCAGUGUGUUCAAUGUCCCGAGAAGUCGUUUCAACCCAACGAGAAUUGGAUUAGUGACAAAUGUCGGCUCAAGCAACAGUGCAACAAACCACACAUGAAAUACAAAGACUUUGGAUCAACUGUGAAGGACGCUACAUGUGCUUGUGCCGAUGGCUACCACUUCCCUAACGAGGACCAGAGGGCCUGUAUACCCAACAAACGCUGUCCUAAAGGCACAUACCACGGGAUAUAUGGCAACUGUGAGAAAUGUUUGGACAGGGGAAUGUACUCUGACACAUCUGACACCAUGAAUAAAUGUAAACCACUUACAAACUGUGCUAAACAGAGCAGGUGUAUUUUAACAGCCAGUACUGGAGAGGCAGACAACAUUUGUGGGCCUGUGGUCAAAGAUCUGACGACGUGUGAGGAGCUGAACCACCACGCCUCCCCCUCCUCUGGCAUACUGACCUACACUAUUGUGGGCGGGGUGGUGGGGGCCCUGGUGCUGUUCUUGGUGCUCAUCCUCAUCUUCUGCUUCAGGCGGCGGCAGCUGCGGCGCCAGUGCAACCAGCGCGCGCUCACAGAGACAGAGGUUGAACAGCUGAGGGUCAAGGUCGUUAAGGACAGCGAGAGGGACCCAGUCUUGUUCAAGAAAGUUUUAUCCACAUCGUUUAGUUUUAUUGAGGAGAGAAUUGACCGCCAAAUCUGGACACUCGCACAAGAACUUUUUAGAUCCCAUCCAAAACAGGGGCACUUCGAGUUCAUUGUUGACAAAUAUAAAGACAGCCAAGCCAAGUACACCAUUAACGGCUACCUCCAGGAGUGGAAGCUGUGGAGAGGGGAGAGCAAGGACACAAUAUCAGAGCUCUUCAGGUGCCUGAGGGUGGUCAAGAGAGACGACAUUGUCAAUGAAAUUUGCAUGUGUCUACGCAAAGAUGUUGACUACCACACAGACAUGGACUACCAACACGGCUACCACAAACAGACUCUGACAGACGAGUGCGUCUACAUCUUCUUCCCCUGCUGCUACCACAAGAACGAAAAGUCUCCAUCCACACCACUUGGGAGCGUCGUCGUCGUAGAAAACGAUGGUGGGGAAGCCGGUACCAAACUCCUGGCUAUUGCGACAGACGAUAUAGAGGACGGCACUGACGAGGGCACGGGUGGGGUGCGGCCACCACCAGGGACCUUCUACCGAUCCCACCCCUCCCCCAGUGCCCCGGCGCUUGAUGACACAAACACUGCUUUUCCUCCGCUAGAAAAUGUCAAGUUUAGUCGCCAGUGGUCUCAGCCUGUUCAAGCUACUUCUUGAGUUUAAAAACAAACUUGAAGACAUUUUAGAUCCAGUUCCACAAGAGUAGAACCAACAGGGGAGAUCACUCCCAACAAAGAGAUGAAACAUUAAUGGCGAGCAUGAAGUUCAUUCAGUACAAGUUCUCCGACGCUAGCAGCUCAUUCCUGAUACUGCAACUUGUCGAACUGUGGAUAAAUUUUUUUUUUUUAAUUAAAUCAGCCAAUCAGAGUUUUUUUUAUCUAAAUUUGUCAUUUUUAUAUCUAUUUUUUUUUUAUUAUUAUGAUUUUUGUAGCUAUAAUACUAGGCUAUUAUUAACUCUUGGUCAUGUGACCAGCCAAAUAUAACUUACAAAAAUGUGCAGUGAUACAGCAUUUGUGAUUGAAAUGUGUUUGUGUGUGUGACUAUUUCUAUGUGAAAAGUACUGGCUACUAGCUAUGCCUGUCCAUGGCAUGUCAAUGUCUGCCAGUGAUGUGUCUGUUAACGGUGUCAAUGUCUGCUAAUGUCAAAGUAUAAAUUAUACAUCUUGACGUGUAGAUAUGUAUAGCUUACCAUUUGUGUAUUAUAUUCUAACUAGCUUGACACAUGCUAUCACACUUCACAGAAUACAGGUCAGUCCCCAGUGACCAUAGUUUAAUGAAACAUGAGAAAAUGGUGUGCCAUAGAUGUGACAUUAGUAGAGUUCAUUUUGUACAUUCCAUUGUAUUCUCAUUUUAAAAGAAGUCAAAAGUUAACUGCUUUUAACAUUUUUAAUGAAUUUUUUUUUGUAUAUGCAAUGAAUUUGUUCUCUAUUUACAUUUUAACGCCAUCUUUUAAAAAUAGUCCCACACUGAAAUAAUAAGUAAAAACCAAAUUAGCCUAUAAUUUAUAAUAUCCAAUUUAAGAAGAAAUAUAUAAAGUUUUAUCUUUCUAUUUUUUGCACAGUUCAUGUGGAGAUGAAGAUGUUUUCUAUAUCUUGAGCUAUGAUUAUCAAUAUGCUUACUGCACACAAUAUGUAAAACUCUAUACUCCUUCUCCCCCACUCUCAUUGAAUAAAGUCAGCCAAUUUGUGUUCAGCUAGUUUGUUUUCUAAUCAUCUCAUAAUUCAUUCACUUAUUGGUUGUUUAUUUAUAUUCCAUCUCAUUUGAUUGGCUGUUUAACAUUUCAGUUGGAUUGGUUGUUGCUUUUCAGUGAAAUUGGAUUGGCCGUUCAUGAAUAAAACUGAUAUUUGAAUGGUAUUUGUGUGUAAAAAUGAGGACUAUAAACAAUUUGAUGAAUGAAAUUAAAUUUUGUUGCAAAUUACAAAAUACAUCAGAAAAAGUCAAAUAAGAUUGGUGGCUCAUUCAAUCAUCACUUCUUUUAAAAACAAAAAUAAAAUUGUAUUCAAAAUAUGACCAUAAAAUUAAGAUUUGAAUGUAACUGUUGGAAUUUGAAAAACCUAAUGUAUGCUCUUUUUUUUUUAACUUCUUAUCACAAAUUUAAAUCUGGUUUUUAGUUUAACCAAAACCAUACUUCUGUUGUUUGUUUUUAUAAUUUCCUUCAUAAUUUAGCUCAUGUGAGUGACAGAAUUACUCUUGAGCUAAAAUCAUAGAUUUGUUUCUUUAUUACAAGCACAAAUUAUUCUGGCUUUGAUUUUUUUUUUGGGUUGUCAUGACAACAGCUUUAUUUUGUUUAUGCAUUUAUGUACAUAUAUCUCUGUUGCUGGUACAAAAUACUGUGGUCCCAUACGAUAGUCAUAUGACUUAUUUUAUGUGGUCCCAUAAUAUAUUAGUCAUGUGACUUGUUUAAAAAUUUUGACUUUAAAAAUCACUGAGUGUGAAAAAACUUUUUUUUUUCUUUUUUUUUUAUCAAAAAUGAAGAUUUGGUUAAAAAGUAUUACGUGUUUCAUUAUGUUUUGAUAGUAUGUGAUAUUUCUGUUGAUCUUGAUAUGACCCUUGACCCCUGAGUGCCAUCACUGUGUUACUCAACAACUUCACAGGUGAUAUGUGUCGGAUACUGCGUCAAAAUAUAAAGUGACAUUUUGUUUUCUGUGAUUUGAUCAAAGUCCUGAUCUUUGUUGUGUCUGAUGGGGGG